CGCCGUGGACGCGCAUGCGCGACCUCUCUUCGUAUCACAGCGUGCCCUGGAAGCGGAAGUUGGGCCGGCUGGGGAAACACCCGCGGUGGCGGUGACGGCGGAGGAUGAAUGCCCCUCCAGCCUUCGAAUCCUUCCUCCUCUUUGAGGGAGAGAAGAAGAUUACUAUUAAUAAGGACACUAAGGUCCCCAAUGCCUGUUUGUUCACGAUCAACAAGGAGGACCACACGCUGGGGAACAUCAUCAAAUCACAGUUACUGAAAGACCCUCAGGUGCUGUUUGCGGGCUAUAAAGUCCCCCACCCACUGGAACACAAAAUCAUCAUUCGAGUACAGACAACUCCCGAUUAUAGCCCUCAGGAGGCCUUCACCAAUGCCAUCACGGAUUUGAUCAGUGAGCUCUCCUUGUUGGAGGAGCGAUUCCGGGUUGCUAUCAAAGACAAACAAGAAGGAAUUGAAUAGUUCUUGGUGUCUCCCCACGCAGUGUUUGUAGGAUUGUGAGCACAGAAACUCUCCCUGUUGACAUCCAACUGAUGUGAAAAGUUGGGGGGACUUCAUCGCUUUUCUCUUUAGCAUACAGCUCCUAUAAUUUCCUCAUUAAAUGUAUUUCUUACCUCUGA